AUGGCAUUCAUCCUGGCUGUUCUUUCGAUAUACUGGGGAGUAUUCUUCAAGGUCGAAAACCGCUUGAACCAUUUGUUCGUCUAUGUGGUAGACAUGGAUGGCGCUGCACCCUAUGCCAACACUGGAGCUCGGCCUUUCGUUGGACCAACUAUCACCGAGCUCGUUGAAAUGCAGUUGAACAGCGGCAAGCCCACACUUGGAUGGAGUGUCCGAUCUGGAUCCGAGUUCAAUAACGAUCCGGUGGAGGUGCGACAAGCUGUGUAUGAUUGGGACGCCUGGGCUGCCAUCAUCAUCAACCCCAACGCGACGGCGCUAUUGUACCAAGCUGUAGCUACUGGAAACACGAGCUAUGAUCCGCUCGGUGCAUGCCAGCUGGUGUACCAAGAUUCCAGGGACAGCACCAAUUGGAACGACUUCAUGUCCCCCUUCAUCAACUCGUUCAUGACGCAGGCGCAAAGUCAGGUCGGCCAGCGAUGGGCGCGCAUGGUGUUGCAAAACGCGAGCGACCCUGCUGCCUUGACGAAUAUUCAGGCCGUUCCACAGGCGAUUAACCCGGCCAUCGGGUUCUCAGAGUUCAACUUGCGCCCAUUUUUUCCUUACACUAGCAUUCCCGCUGUGUCUAUUGGUCUUAUCUACCUGAUCAUUAUUUCUUUCUUCAGCUUCUCCUUCUACAUGCCCAUCCACAUGCAGUACAUGUCGCCCAAGGGGCAUCCUCCGCUCAAAUUCCCGCAACUCAUUGCGUGGCGCUGGGCUGCGACUAUUACCGCUUACGUUUUCUUGUCGCUUGCGUAUAGCUUCGUGUCUAUGGCAUUCCAGAUCAAUUUCUUCGGCACGAACCCCGUCACGUCCGAGACUCAGGUUACUAUGAUAGAAUACCGUAACCCCGUCGCCUACGGCCACGGCACAUUCCCCGUAUACUGGAUGCUCAACUUCGUCGGCAUGAUCGCUCUCGGCCUCGCAUGCGAAAACAUGGCAAUGGUCGUCGGACAGCCCUGGAUGGGCCUGUUCCUGAUUUUCUGGGUUAUUACCAAUGUAUCAACAUCUUUCUACGACAUCGAGAUCGCGCCCACUUUCUACAGGUGGGGGUAUGCUUGGCCGUUGCAUUCGAUUGUGGAGGGCAGCCGGCAGAUAUUGUUCGGUCUGCAUUCGAGGAUUGGACUUGAUUUUGGUAUUUUGUUCGCGUGGGCAGGGGUUAAUACUGCGUUCUUUCCCGUCUGUUGUUGGUUCCAGAGGUGGAAAACGCAGAGGGAGGUGCAUGAGUAUUGGCCGAUGCAUUAG